AUUAUGUGUUAUCAUUACUUUCAUAUUUGCAAAGUAUGGUUAUAUCAUUAUAUUUAUUUAAGUUAUGGCUAGACUUAUCCAUUUUCUGUUGGUUGCCAUGGUGAUUGUUUACUGUUGUCAGGGCAACCCCAGAAUUUAGUCCUGUACUAAUAUGAAUCUUUGUCCAGUGUCAUAGAGUUCCUUUUUAUUGCUGACCAAAGAUGUGUGCUUCAUUAAGUUUUGAAGAUUAUAAUCUUGGGCCACGCACAAGUAAAAAUGUCAGUAGAUUUACUAAGAAAGCUUAUCAGAGCACUCAGCUGAUAAGGGAAUUACUUCCGAUGCCACCUUCCAAGUCUGAUAUAGAAGACAUUGACUUGACUGAAGAAAUCAGCAGUGAUACUCAAGCUCAAGCUCUGAACCUAAGGAAAUUUCAUGAUGACUUGAAAUAUAUUGAAAAAAUUUUCAUCAGCCUUGCUGGUGAAUUAGAAAGCUCAUGUAGUUUUAACAGCCUUCAAGAAUUCAUUCAAAAUGAAAAGACAGAACAGAAGAAAAAGGCAGACUUCAUAGCUAUGUUUCAUGGACAGAAAUGGAAAGCAAAACACUUUGAAAAGAGUAACAGAAUACGAUGUCUUCAAAGAGAACUCCGGAGUGUCAGGCAAGACACAGUAAAACAGAUUCAAGCCAAGGAUGAAGAGAUUGCCUAUCUGACAAAAGCUGUUGAGGAUGCUAAGCGAUUGAAUCCCAAGAGAGAAGAAUUUGAGAAGAAGUUGGCAAAAGUUCAGAUAGAAAACCUUCAGUUCGUGAUUGAGCAGGAAGUGAAAGAUAUAUGUAGUAAGAAUGCCAAAGUAGGGAGAGAAAUCCCCCAGGAGAUAAGGGUGCAUGAUGCACUGAUGACCUUCCUGAAGGAGAGUUGUGCAAAGCUAGAAGCCAGGAUACUAGAAUGGGAAAAGAAGUUUGAAACAGAUACUCAGGAAAAGAGGCAGGAAGUGGCUGUGUGGCAGGCAGAAGUCCAGACCAAAAAGACCGACCUGGAGAACCUGGAUGAAAGAUAUGAGAGUUUCAGGAAGGUUGUGAUGGAGUAUGAAGCAGCAAGAGAAAUUGAACGCUUGGAGAAGGAGGAGGAGGACAGGAGGCACAGAGCUGCUGCAAAGAUCCAAGCAUGGUGGAAGGGCUGGAUGGUCAGGAGAGGAAUGAAUGCAGGUUUCAAGAAAAAAAAUAAGAAAAACAAACCAGUCAAAAAGUAACUAGGAAUAUAGAGGAAAUUUUAAUAACACUUGAAAGAAACAUUGCAGGAAGGACAAUAUUUUUUAACAGAAACAGGUUAAAUAAUUGCAUUAAAAAAUAUGUCAGUUGCUGAUGGUAGGCCUACUAAGACUGAAGGGAUUUGGCUUUUACAUAAAUUGAAAGUAAAGUCAACACUGAUGUCACAAGCAGGAAAAAGUGCAGAUCCAU